CUCAGUUCGUCUCUUCCUUUCGCGCCGGUAGCUGUAGAGCAGCGCGUCCAUGUGCGCAUCGAUUGGGACUUCAUAGUUCACAGAACCUAUCGAAACCGAGCCAUAACACAGUCCAAGACAUGGAUCCCAACUCCCUGAUUGAGGCCCUUCGGGGAACCAUGGACCCGAACUUGCGUGAGGCCGCGGAGAGACAGCUGAAUGAGGGACACUCCCAGGUGAACUUUGUCUCAACGCUGCUGCAGGUCACCAUGUCCGACCAGCUGGAUCUGCCCGUCAGACAAGCAGGUGUGAUCUACCUGAAGAACAUGGUGACGCAGUACUGGAAUGAGGGAGAGGUGGCAAGCGGGGAGCAGCCCACCAACCACAUCCCAGACGAGGACCGGCUGUUCAUCAGGGACAACAUCGUGGAGGCCAUCAUCCACUCCCCUGAGCGCAUCCGAGUGCAGCUGACGACGUGCAUCCACCACAUGAUCAAGCACGACUACCCCGCCAAGUGGACGGCCAUCGUGGACAAGAUCGGCUUCUACCUGCAGUCAGACAACAGCGCCGGCUGGCUGGGCAUCCUGCUCUGCCUGUACCAGCUGGUCAAGAACUACGAGUACAAGAAGCCAGAUGAGCGCAGCCCCUUGGUGGCUGCCAUGCAGAUCUUCAUGCCCAUGCUGAAGGAUCGCUUCAUCCAACUGCUCCCUGACCCCUCCAGUGACUCUGUUUUGGUCCAGAAGCAGAUUUUCAAGAUCCUCUACGCGCUCUUCCAGUACAACCUGCCCCUGGAGCUGAUUAAUCGGCAGAACCUGACGGAGUGGAUGGAGAUCUUGAAGACGGUGGUGGACAGAGACGUGCCGCAGGAGACACUGCAGGUGGAUGAGGAUGACCGGCCCGAGCUGCCCUGGUGGAAGUGUAAGAAGUGGGCUCUGCACAUCCUGGCCCGGCUCUUUGAAAGGUACGGCAGUCCGGGGAACACCACCAAAGAGUACACGGAGUUCGCCGACCUGUUCCUGAAGGGCUACGCCGUGUCCGCGCAGCAGGUCCUGCUCAAGGUCCUUUAUCAGUUCAAGGAGAAGCAGUAUGUAGCACCCAGAGUCCUGCAGCAGACCCUCAACUACAUCAACCAGGGCAUCGCCCACGCCAUCACCUGGAAGAACCUCAAGCCGCAUAUCCAGGGGAUUAUUCAGGACGUGGUCUUCCCCCUUAUGUGCUACACAGACAGCGACGAGGAGCUCUGGCAGGAGGAUCCUUACGAGUACAUCCGCAUGAAGUUUGACGUGUUCGAGGACUUCAUCUCCCCCACCACCGCGGCCCAGACCCUGCUCUUCACGUCCUGCAACAAGAGGAAAGAAGUGCUUCAGAAGACCAUGGGCUUCUGCUACCAGAUCCUCACCGAACCCACCGCUGACCCACGCAAGAAAGAUGGCGCUCUCCAUAUGAUCGGCUCUCUGGCAGAAAUCUUACUGAAGAAAAAGAUCUACAAAGACCAGAUGGAGUUCAUGCUGCAGAACCACGUCUUCCCCCUGUUCAGUAGUGAGCUGGGCUACAUGAGAGCCAGGGCUUGCUGGGUCCUGCACUACUUCUGCGAGGUCAAGUUCAAGAGCGACCAGAACCUGCAGACGGCCCUGGAGCUGACCCGACUCUGCCUCAUCAACGACAACGAGAUGCCCGUCAAAGUGGAGGCCGCCAUCGCCCUGCAAGUGCUCAUCAGCAACCAGGAGAAAGCCAAGGAAUACAUCACGCCAUACAUCCGGCCGGUGAUGCAGGCGCUCCUCCACAUCGUCCGGGAAACAGAGAACGAUGACCUCACCAACGUCAUCCAGAAAAUGAUCUGCGAGUACAGCGAGGAGGUCACGCCCAUUGCCGUGGAGAUGACCCAGCAUUUGGCGAUGACCUUUAAUCAGGUGAUCCAGACGGGUCCUGACGAAGAGGGCGGUGAUGACAAAGCAGUGACAGCCAUGGGAAUCCUGAACACCAUCGACACACUGCUCAGUGUGGUGGAGGACCACAAGGAGAUCACCCAGCAGUUGGAGGGAAUCUGCUUGCAGGUGAUAGGGACUGUGCUGCAGCAGCACGUCUUGGAGUUCUACGAGGAGAUCCUGUCCCUGGCCCACAGCCUGACGUGUCAGCAGGUGUCCCCGCAGAUGUGGCAGCUCCUCCCAUUGGUCUUUGAGGUGUUCCAGGAGGACGGCUUCGACUACUUCACAGACAUGAUGCCUCUUCUGCACAACUACGUGACCGUGGACACCGACACGCUCCUGUCCGACACCAAAUACUUGGAGAUGAUCUACAGUAUGUGCAAGAAGGUUCUGACAGGGGACCCAGGGGAGGACCCAGAGUGCCAUGCAGCCAAGCUAUUGGAAGUCAUCAUACUGCAGUGCAAAGGGCGUGGCAUUGACCAGGUGGUGCCCCUGUUCGUGGCGGCGGCACUGGAGAGGCUGACGCGGGAGGUGAAGACCAGCGAGCUGAGGACCAUGUGCCUGCAGGUGGCCAUCGGCGCCCUGUACUACAGCCCCCCCCUGCUGCUCAACACGCUGGAGAACCUGCGCUUCCCCAACAACACCGAGCCCAUCACCAACCACUUCAUCUCUCAGUGGCUCAAGGACAUCGACUGCUUCCUGGGGCUCCACGACAGGAAGAUGUGCGUGCUGGGCCUGUGCGCGCUCAUGGACUUGGAGCAGCGGCCGCAGGCCAUCAACCAGGUGGCCGGCCAGCUGCUCCCCGCCACCAUCCUGCUCUUCAACGGCCUGAAGAGGGCGUACGCCUGCCGGGCCGAGCACGAGAACGACGAGGACGACGAUGACGAGGACGGCGAGGAGGACGAGGAGCACGCGGAGCUGGGCAGCGAUGAGGACGACAUUGACGAGGAGGGCCAGGAGUACCUGGAGAUGCUGGCCAAGCACGCGGGCGAGGACGGCGACGACGAGGACUGGGAGGAGGAUGACGCGGAGGAGACGGCCCUGGAGGGCUACACCACCGCCGUGGACGACGAGGACAACCUGGUGGACGAGUACCAGAUCUUCAAGGUCAUCCUGCAAAAUCUACAGACGCGAGACCCAGCGUGGUACCAGGCGCUCACCCAGACUCUCGAUGAAGAACAAGGAAAGCAACUUCAAGAUAUCGCCACACUCGCAGACCAGAGGCGAGCCGCGCACGAAUCGAAAAUGAUUGAGAAGCACGGCGGAUACAAGUUCACCGCUCCAGUGGUGCCAACCAACUUCAAUUUUGGAGGCAACGCUCCAGGAAUGAAUUGAGUCGUCCUCUCCCUUUCUUACUCUCUGACUGAUUGUAGUGAAGUGAAAAUAAGCUUGUGUUGUUCCCUCAAGUAGUGGUUCCAGAGCUGGUUCUUCUCACUCACUCUUCAACCUGGACUGUAUGAAUUUGGACUUGGCACCAGAAGAUGUGGGAAAGCAACCAAAUGCAACCAAUGGCUGGGAAAACUUAGAGAAUUUGAACGUGAAGCAAGAAAGAAGAAAAAGCAGCUCCAAAAAACGUCCUAUGGAAUCCAAAUUGUGGAGGGGGUUACCAUAAUGGCAGCUCUUUUUCUCUGUCCUCGUGAACCAGCUGGGGACAAAAUCCAAUAAAUACAAAAUUGACAAUAGGGCAUAAAGGCUUAAUUGAUUUCACAGUAUAGUCUAGAACACCACUCUUUAAAUUUAUACCUAUGGCAGUAGUGUUUGUCUACAUUUUUUGCAUUAACAAAUUGCCAUGUUUAUGUAUAUAAGCCAAGGUUCUGUUGUAGCCUUGUGGAAUGACCUUAGGCAUUUGGAAGGUGUAAGCGAGUGUAUUCAUAUGUAGCAUAUUGGAUACAUGUCAAGGCUCUACACAAUGCCUGAUAUCUGUAAAUUAAUGACUAGCACUUUCUUAGUGUUCAGGUCUCCUAGCCUUCUGUAUCAGACUGCAAAUUUUUAAAAAAUCAAUUGAGAUUAUUUAAAAAAAUGACAGGUGUUAACUUUAUUACACUGCAGGUGACUUCUGGUUGUGGCUGGUUGUCACGUGUACGGAUGUUAUGUUGUAUAAUCGGUGACAUCACUGCUACCAAAAUGGCUACACUCUGGGAUCCUGGGACAAAAGAGGAAAGCUCUUGGUCUUCGAUUUGGACAUAAGUUGUGUUGUAAGCACUGAAAGUCGGUUGAAUACUUCAUUGAAGCAUGUACAAUUGGACUUGAUCAUGAAGCUCUCAAACAUUUGGUUGAUGUAUGAAUGAGCCAUCUAUAUAUACAACAAUAUAUUAAAAACAAAAGUUGGGAUACAUGUGA